AUGACGAAGACGGCACUCAUUACAGGCGCAACUGGUUUACUUGGUAGACAAGUUCUGAAAGUCUUUGAUCGAGAAAAUUGGAAUGUAGUUGGCACCGGUUUCUCACGCGCAAAGCCUCCUACCAUUCUCAAGGUAGAUUUGGGUUCCGAGUCGGAAGUUUCAAAAGUGUUGAAUGAAUCCAAACCUCAAGUCGUAAUUCAUUGUGCAGCGAACAGAUUCCCCGAUAAAUGCGAUAGCGACCCUGAAGGCACACGCGCUCUCAAUAUUACCGCCUCCGCCUCAUUGGCAAAACUCUGCGCCGCACAAUCGAUCCUUCUCAUCUAUAUUUCCACCGAUUAUGUAUUCCCCGGCACCGAAGGCGAAGCUCCUUACGAGACAACCCAUACUGCGAAGCCCCCAAACCUAUACGGAAAAACAAAAUAUGAGGGCGAGAAAGCCGUAUUGGCAGAAUAUGAGAAAGCAGGCAAAUCUGGCCUGGGAGUUGUAUUGAGAGUUCCCGUUCUCUACGGACAAGGCGAGCCUGAAGAAAGUGCAGUCGGAGUACUCGUCAACUCAGUCUGGAAAGCCCAGGAAAACGAUGCCAACAUCAAAAUGGAUCACUGGGCUCUUCGCUAUCCCACCAAUACGGAAGAUGUAGGUCGAGUGCUCUCAGACAUUGCGACCAAAUAUCUCGAAAGCAAAGAACCAUCAUCUUUACCACGCAUCCUACAAUUUUCUUCCGAGGAUAAAUUUACAAAAUAUGAGAUUUGUCAACUAUUUGCGGAGAUUCUGGGUUUGCCCCUUGAUGGGAUAGUGGCGAAUACAGAGGGCAAUGAUCCAAAAGCUAUGGUGCAGAGACCUUAUGAUUGCCAUUUGUCUACUAAGGCAUUGAAGGAUUUGGGGAUCAAUGUUGCUACGAUGGAUUUUACGGGGUUUUGGAGGAGGGAAAUGAGGGCUUUUAGGAAGUAG